AUGGGAUCCACGACUACAGCUGACAAGGAAGAAACACCGGCUGAACAACAAGGGGAAGUCAAAAUUUGCACAGCUGAAGAAUUAGUACUUGGUUGUAAAGUUUAUGCUGAAAAGGAAGGUGAACAUAGAUUGGCAGAAUUGUUAUCGAUCCAUGUGAAGAAGGGAAGAAAAGUGUUUUAUGUGCAUUACGUUGAGUUCAAUAAGCGUUUAGAUGAAUGGAUAGAGCUCGAUAGAAUAGACUUCACGCGUCCUGUUACUUUCCCUAAACCUGAAGCACCAAAAAAGGAUAAUAAAUCAACAAAGAAACAAACACAAAGUAAGAAUAAGAAGAAGAAGAAAGAUGGGAAAGAAACAUCUGCUACUCCAUCUGGAGCUACUCCAGCUGCACAAGGUGAUGAUGUUAUGGAUUUAGAUAAUUUGAAUGUUCAAGGUAUAAGGACUGAAGAGAUUUCAAGAGAAGAUGAAAUUGAAAAAUUAAGAACAAGUGGAUCUAUGGCUCAAAAUUCAGGUGAAGUUGCAAAAUUUCGUAAUUUAUCAAAAGUCAUUAUGGGGAAUCAUGAAAUCGAACCAUGGUAUUUCUCACCAUAUCCAGUUGAACUUACAGAGGAAGAUGUGAUUUAUAUUGAUGAUUUUACACUACAAUUUUUUGGAUCUAAGAAGCAAUUUGAAAGAUUUAGAUCUAAAUGUACAUUAAGACAUCCACCAGGAAAUGAAAUUUAUAGAGAUGAUUAUGUUUCAUUUUUUGAAAUUGAUGGAAGAAAACAAAGAACUUGGUGUCGUAAUGUUUGUUUAUUUUCAAAAUUAUUUUUGGAUCAUAAAACGUUAUAUUAUGAUGUUGAUCCAUUCUUGUUUUAUUGUAUGACUAGAAGAGAUGAACAAGGUCAUCAUUUAGUUGGAUAUUUCUCUAAAGAAAAAGAAUCAGCAGAAGGUUACAAUUUAGCUUGUAUUUUAACAUUACCUCAAUAUCAACGUAUGGGUUAUGGUAGAUUAUUAAUUGAAUUUUCUUAUGAAUUAUCUAAAAAAGAAGGUAAAGUUGGUUCACCAGAAAAACCAUUAUCAGAUUUAGGUUUAUUAUCAUAUAGAGCUUAUUGGGCAGAUACAAUUAUUAAAUUAUUAAUUGAAAAUGAUAGUGAUUAUGUUACAAUUGAUGAAAUUAGUGCAAGGACAUCAAUGACAACUACAGAUAUUCUUCAUACAGCUCAAACUCUUUCAAUGUUGAAAUAUUUUAAAGGUCAACAUGUUAUUUAUUUAAGUGAUCAAAUUGUUGAACAAUAUGAAAAAACUGAAAAAAAGAAGAGACGUUCAAUUAAUCCUGAACUAUUAAUUUGGAAACCACCUGUAUUUACAGCUGCUCAAUUAAGAUUUGGUUGGUGA